AUGCGUUACUCUACGCUCGCGUCUGCUGUCUGUUUGGCGGCGGCAGCUGCUCCCGCGCUCGCUCACCGGGUCACCAUUCGUGCGAUCGAGGAUGCUUCCAUGGUUGAGCGUGAGCUCGAUGACGGACUGGUGGAACGCGGUUACUACGACGACCUCCUCUCUCGGGACUUCAAGUUCGAGGCGCGCAGCGGCAAAAGGACUCCAACAUCAGGAAAAUCCCUCCCUGGGAAUUACAACGAACAGACGAAGAUUCUCCAUAAUACGUAG